UGCAAACGCCGCGCACGUUUCUAUGGCAAGGAAAACCAAAGGUACCAAGGUACCAAAUAGACACGUUCAUUCUAGGAUAUCUUUCCUUCAGCAAGCUGGGUGCCACUUGGCUGUGCGAAGCGCUCAACUUAAAUCCGAAAGCAAAGAAGAAUCGGAGUCAUGCAAUAUUAAUAAGUCCGCCGAGAGUUCAGUCUCAACGUAUAGUACCAGACUGUCUCAAAGGCUUAUGAUGGAUCUGAAAGCUGUAUCGCAAAAGACUCUCGUGCGUCUAUCAAAGGAUUUGAAGCGCUCCAUAUGUAAGCGGUGCGACACGCUACUUAUUCCUGGGAUCACCUCGAGUUCUCACAUCGAAAACAAAAGCAGAGGGGGUCGAAAGUCCAAAGCAGAUGUCCUCGUCGUUCGUUGUCGGGCAUGUACCGCGGAGAAGCGGAUGCCAUGCGGCAUUGAACCACAGUCGAAGAAACGAGAGCGCGAGCAAGCCAAGGAGGCCGCACAAGACGAGCAUCAUGGAGAGGACCAAGUCAUGGACAGAACUUGAUAUGCGCACAGCAAACAAUGAUCUAUGUGGAAUCUCCGUGGCAGAUGUCUUAACGCUUCAUCACAUCAUCCUUUGCGUUUUCCACAACGUCGGACAUGAACGCCCCACCAAGCAAAAUUGCAGGCUCAUCGAUACUGUGAUGUUCGUAGCUACAUCAUCAAGAGUCAGCUUUGUAUUACAUCACACAGAAACGUGUCGGUGCUGAUUUACCUCAAAGUGCCAACACCCCCGGCCUCCAGGAUCAAGUUCGGGUUAUCGUGGAUCUCUCUACCAAUCCAUCUCGCAGCAAAAGCACGCAAAAUAUGACCAUGCGCCACGAGAAGCAC